AUGGCUGCCUCGAGAUGUGGUUCCUCAAGAGAUUUCCUUCGAAUUUCAAUCAGGAUUCGCCGCCAUUCCUCCGCUUUGAGUGGAACAGCAAAUGACUUUCUUGGUGUACCAAACCCAAAUGUUAAUAACCAAGAGGCAGGCCCUCUGAAAAAAUAUGAUGAAACAGUCAGAAGUGGAAAGUUAAAGCUUGAUAGACAUCAGAGGCAAAUUGUUGAGCAUCUACAAAGAUUGUACAAUGAUGUAGUUAGUUAUAAGCCCACUAGCGUUGGAUUUUUUAGUAAGGUUUUUGGGCUGCAGAGUAAUAAAGAAACUCCUGUGGGUCUUUAUCUUCAUGGAAGUGUAGGCUGUGGCAAGACAAUGUUAAUGGAUUUAUUUUAUGAUGAAGUUCCUGUUGAAAAGAAACAAAGAGUUCAUUUUCACUCAUUCAUGUUGGAUGUCCACUCAAGUAUUCACAAAUUAAAAGCUAGUCUUCCUCCAAGAGACCCCAAGUCCAUAGGAGCACAGCCCUAUGAUCCUAUCCCACCUGUUGCAGAGCAGAUCAGUUUGAAGUGGUGGCUUUUGUGUUUUGAUGAAUUUCAGGUGACAGACAUUGCAGAUGCAAUGAUUUUAAAAAGACUAUUCACAGCUCUGUUUGAACAAGGAGUUGUUGUGAUUGCAACAUCCAAUAGACAUCCAGAUGACUUGUACAAAAAUGGCCUUCAAAGAAGCAACUUCAUUCCUUUUAUACCUAUUCUCAAGAAAAAUUGCAAAGUUCUUUGUCUUGACUCUGGUAUAGAUUAUCGCAGAACAGACAUGCCCUCUAUUGGAAAGGCAUUUUUCAGUUCUCUUGGAAAAGAGACAACCAAUGAACUGGCCUGGAUAUUCGCUAAUUUGGCUCAGCAACAGAGAAACGAAAAUGCUGAAUGCAGCCCUGGUCCUACAACAAUUCAAGUGCUUGGUACAAGGAAGUUGAACGCCCCACGCACUUGUGGAAGAGUCGCAGACUUUACAUUUGAGGAACUUUGUGCGCAGCCUUUGGGAGCUGCGGAUUAUUUAGCCCUGUGUGAACACUUUGAUAUUAUUAUUUUGCGCAACAUUCCCAAAAUGACAGUUUCUCAAAAAACUGAGGCAAGGAGGUUUAUCACGCUCAUUGAUGCUCUUUAUGAUAACAGGGUUCGUCUUAUAUGCUCAGCGGCUACCCCAAUCGGUCAGCUCUUUAACGCAACUCCACUGACCACAAAUGACGACGAGUUUAAACGAAAGCUGAUGGACGACCUCGACUUAUCAGCUUCCGACGCAAACUCAAGCGCCAUCUUUACGGCCGAGGAAGAAAUCUUUGCGUUUGAACGCACCAUUUCCAGACUCACUGAGAUGCAGACCGAGCAGUACUGGAACUGGCAAGGUUUUCGUAAAUCGUGGGACGUGUUUAGUAGUUGACAUCACGGAUUUUCUUAGCUUAAUGUAGCCACGUCACGGUUUUUCUUUCCGUUUUAAUCUAUCCCAUCGUUGAUCAUCUUUGUUUAUUAAUGGUUGAAUAUUACCUUAAAUUGUUUCCCUACCCUAACGAAUCAGAAUAUCGUGACCUACCCCCUUUGAUGUUCCAGUCCUUGCCUCUAUUACCUCGAGUCACGCAACGCUCUUGUUUUCUCCAGCUUGCUGUGUGACAUGACCGAACAAUGCCUUUCAAGGAGACUGAGAAUAAUGCUGUAACAUUCGGACUUAUCAGUGUGAAUUACUUACCUCGUGCGCUCUAAGGGAGCAUAUAGACCUAUCUCAUUUAUUACUCAAUAAGAGGUGUUAUUCUUAUAUUGAAAUAAUUUUUUUUACAAUCCGUUAAAUGUGGCAAGUUCUUAGUUACCCUUCAACAUGGCCGCGGCGUUGACGUCGCGGGAAAAUGCCUUUUUGCAUUUGUAAAUACAGAUAAAUUAUUAAUCAAGACACGGGUAACGAUGGUAAUGGGAGUGUUUGUAAACAAAAAAUGUUCCGUGCAAUAGGUUUCAGGUUUUUAAGAAUUAGAACUCGUAUUUAUAAUUAUAAUUUAUAAGUUAUCAAUAGCUGCGUUUUGCUGUAACGCGCAGGCUAGCUAUUUUUAUAUCAAAAUAUUUCAGAGUUCUUACACAUCAUUUUGCCUAUAAAAUCAGUUUCCCUAUGAAAAUAGAAAAGGAGGAUUUUUAUUCGUGGUAUCGAUGAAAAAAUUGCUUAACCAGUUGGCGAAACUCAUCAAGUGAGGCAUGGGGCUUUUAUCGUCACCCAUGUUCUCAUGCAACAUUUUGAAUCAGUAUAUUCAAGUCUUCGGCCGUGAAAUUGAGUGAUAUUCACAGAAGGUUUUUUUUACUUAAUUUAGCGAUCAAUAUAUGAUUCGCUUAAAACGUUGUUGUAUUCAUUGUUAAGGAACAAUUUAAUGGGUUAUUUGGAAAUGAAAAAAGAAAAACAGAUCGCAGAAAGUUCAAAUAACCGCGAUAACGUUUCCGAGAUUGAAGAUGGAUUCGGCAUGAGCUGCUGUGGAUCUGUUCAGUGAAAGACCCGUUAAAUUGGGGGGGGGGGAGAAAUAGGGAAACUUUGAUAUACAAAUUUAUACAGGUUUCCAAUUCACUUUUAGCGCCAUUUUAUCAUGAAUUCUUAUUUAACCAUUUUUAAUUGGCAGAAUUAAACUAUGAAUUUUCAGCCCUGAGUUUUGAAAUUUUUGAAGAGGGCACAAUUGUUUUCUUACUUUAAAGUCAUGUUAAUAUCUAUUUAUCUUGUGAUGUAAGAAGGGGGAAAAUUAUCUCGUAUCCAGAUCUUGCCAUGUAACUAUAACGACAAUCGCCUGGUCAUGGAAGGUCUGGGUAUGAGACUUGGGAAAAGAGAGCGUUUGUUACUUCUCCAUGUAAGGUUUCACUCAAUCUUUUAUCAACCCAGGGAAAAGCUUCCCUUCUAUCGGAAAUAUCUUGUAGUGGUGUUCUUGUUGAAUGACAUAGCUAGCGCAGAAUUAGGAAAAUAAAAAAUAGUAUUUAUUAUCUUUA